CAGGAAAUUCGAGCUCUCCAAUGAUAAAUUUAUCAUCCAAUUUUCCAGUAUCAAUCAAUCCACUGUGAGUUUACAACAUGUCUGGGAAGAUGCCUCGUGCUCAGCAGGCUGUGCGGCGCCUUGCUUCACAAUCAACACCGACCGAAUCCAGGCCAAAGCAAUUCUACAAUGCUUUCUCGCCCGUCAGACCACCCACAGCACCGUCUUGUCGGCGGCAGCCUCUAUCAUCACAAUGUCUGCAGCUGAGACAGUUUUCAUCAUCAGGCGCCAGACUAAAAGCCGGAGAUAAGAUGUACCAUCGCACAGGCGUACGUAUGCUCACUCGCGGUAUGUUGACAAUCCGUCCUCUCUGACUUGUGAGGUAGCCAUUCUCAUUCAGAUCAGCGGGUCUAUUCAUCGGUGUCGGCGCCGCCAUGGUCUUCUACUUUCAAUAUGAGAAAGCUAGAUUGGAGCGCAAACGAAUCGUGGAAAUGAGCAAAGGUUAUGGCAAGCCUAAAGUUGGUGGGCCGUUCACACUCAAAGAUCUGAACGGGAAUGAUUUUACUGAGAAGGAUCUUCUGGGGAAAUAUUCGAUGAUAUAUUUUGGAUUCAGCCAUUGUCCGGAUAUCUGUCCAGAUGAGCUCGACAAGAUGGGUGAAGCCAUUGACAUUAUUCAAGAGAAAGCACCAAACUGCAUGCGGUCGAUUUUCAUCUCCUGCGAUCCUAAUAGAGACACUCCCGAAGUCCUUCGAAGAUACCUUGCCGAGUUCCACCCUUCGAUACAAGGUCUCUCGGGUACCUGGGAACAAACCAAGAAUGUCUGCAAACAGUACCGGGUAUACUUCUCAACACCUCCAAAGUUGGAGCCGGGCGAGGAAGACUAUUUGGUCGACCAUAGCAUAUACUUCUAUGUGAUGGAUCCCGAGGGCGACUUUGUUGAGUGCAUCGGUAGGCAAGAUACACCAGAAAGCGCGGCUGCCAUUGUGCUUGAGCAUAUCAGGGACUGGAAGAGGGAGGGCAAGCCCAUUGACACGACACCUCUGCCGUAUCUUGCAGCCAAGAACUCGGCGACAGCGGCCAAAUGAGUCUCAUACAGUAUUUCCGCUGGUGGAUAAAUAUGUUCACAAUCAACACGCAGCCCCAUGAUGGUGAAGCUCCGGCGCGACCCGUGCUGUCCAAAGCAGCACGACGCCGUGCAUUUACCAGCAUCGCGGGCACCCGUAUACUUCGAGAGCUUGAAGCGUUGGCAACAGGAAAAAGCAGAGAUUAGAGGUUAGGAUGUCCAUACAUCCAAUUUACACGGCAUGGCGAUGGAGUACUCCGGCACAUAAAACUCCGCUUCUCAGCAAAUGUACUUUUAGAUACUUAGUCACCAAAGGGAAAUUAAGCAUGUACAAAAUAAAAGCAUGGGUUGCAGUUGAGCC